AUGGCUCCUAUUACCCCUUCCGACGUUUGUGGUGCGCGCCGCCGCGGUUCAGCGCUCUUGGCUCUCGUCCUAGCGGCCACCUGCCUUGUGUCGUCGUCGAGAGCUCAGUCGAUGGAAGAUCAAGGCCCCCCACCAUUUCCGAUUCCUUUGGACCCAGCACAAGCCAAGCAGCUGCAGGCGCUCUCCAAGGCGCUCAGCAUCGCGCCGCCCGUCCCGGGGUGGAGCGACGCGGCGCCCAUGUGCGCGCAGCCCACGACGCCCCCAGACCUGCUCAAGGGCAUGCCCGCGGACCCCGCGUCCGGCACACCCGCGGUGCCGGACGCCGCCAAACGGAUCUUCUGCGACCCAAAUGGCCUUCUCAUCGUGCUUGACCUGCAGGACCUGAGCUUAUCAGGGCCCAUCCCCACGCUGGUCGGCACCAUCACCAGCCUUCAAGAGCUCUGGCUGAGCAGCAACAACUUCACGGGCAGCAUUCCACCCUCCUUAUCCCAGCUCACCAACCUCAGCGUCCUGGCAGCAGCGGGCAACAAGCUGAGUGGCGACGUGGCUCUCUCCAUCCCCGACACGCUCAUCAAGAAGAUGCCGAACCUCGCUGCACUCGACCUCGGCAGCAACGCCUUCACGGGCAGCAUCCCCGGCGCCCUCUCCUCGCUCACUGCCCUCACACAGCUGUGGCUGGGGCACAACCAGCUGUCUGGAUCCAUCCCCUCCUCCCUCGGCCAGCUUACCAAUCUCCAGUCUCUCAAGGUGGACGGCAACAAGCAGCUGAGUGGCGCCAUCCCGGAUGCUCUGGGCGCACUCACCAAUCUCAGAGAGCUUGAGAUGAACGACACCAGUCUGGCUGGCACCAUCCCUCCCACCAUCGGCAACCUCAGCCAGCUCGCUCAGUGGGGGGCGGCCAACACAGGCCUACAGUGCCCCGGCAGCGGCAGCAGCUGUGGCGGAGUGAAGCAGCACUCGGCCACCACCUUCUGUCUCGACAUCUGCCCCUCCUUCUGUACCGUCUGCACGCCCGCCAACUUGGCAGCAGAGCCACUGGUCCUGCAGCAGCCAGCUUCCCCUGCUACAGCAGCAACACCACCCGGCAAGGCCAGCACCCAGAUGCUGCCUGCACUCGCAUCUGCUGCUUGGGCCUUGCUGGCUGUUGUGCUGCUCGUCGCACCUGCGUAG